GCAUGCUCAUUACGUUUAACGUAACUUUGGUCUUCUACAGUUUCCAUUUCUCAGCCUUUCCGAUAUGCGGUCCAAUAACGAUUAAGGAGAGUCUUAACAAGGCUAAAGUCACCAAAACAUAUUAAAUUAACUGUAAAUGCUGAUAAUAUUAUGAAAUCAUCAUUAGUUAAUGGAUAUUAAUUGUGACAUAUUUUUUCCCCUUUAGACUAAUUCUUCUUCUCUUUUCUUUUAUAUUGCAUUUUCUUAGCGUUAGCAUCAUGUGGCCAUUCCUGCAAGUACUGAACUAGCAUGGGAUCUGAAUAUUAUACUCCUAAAUAAAUGAAGUGCUCAACUUCUCGUGACCGUCGAUACACCCUCCAUCUUCAGAAUGCGUAUCGGUACUUUGUCAUAAAGAAGACAGUGACCUUCUUUCUUCCAAUAUGCAUGACGUUUCUGGACAAGGCGAUCGUGGCACUGGCCCUUAUUUCCUUGAAGAAAACCUCUGCAUUUCUACGGCAUUUAUCGUUUGACAAAUGCGACAACUUUCCUUAUCAAUCAGCUCCCGCUGCACUCACUAGCGGGGACUGUGGAAUCCUCAAGGGCCCGUUCAAUUUCUGAGGACGAAAGCUAAGAUGAAGGACAUGCCACUCCGAAUCCACGUGCUACUUGGCCUGGCUAUCACUGCACUAGUACAAGCUGUAGAUAAAAGGGCGGAUUGCCCACAAUUAUGUACGUGUGAAAUCAGGCCCUGGUUUACACCCCGAUCCGCUUAUAUGGAAGCAUCUACAGUGGACUGUAACGAUUUAGGUCUUUUAAAUUUCCCAGCCAGACUGCCCGCUGACACACAGAUUCUGCUCCUACAGACUAACAACAUUGCAAAAAUUGAACACGCUGUAGACUUCCCAGUGAACCUUACUGGCCUGGACUUAUCUCAAAACAAUUUAUCUUCAGUCACCAAUAUUAAUGUAAAAAAGAUGCCUCAGCUUCUUUCUGUGUACCUAGAGGAAAACAAACUCACGGAGCUGCCUGAAAAAUGUCUGUCUGCGCUGAGCAACUUACAAGAACUCUACAUUAAUCACAACUUGCUUUCUGCAAUUUCACCAGGAGCCUUCAUUGGCCUACAUAAUCUUCUUCGGCUUCAUCUCAAUUCAAACAGAUUGCAGGUGAUCAACAGUAAGUGGUUUGACGCUCUCCCCAAUCUGGAGGUUUUGAUGAUUGGGGAGAAUCCAAUCACUAGAAUCAAAGACAUGAACUUUAAGCCACUUACCAACCUUCGCAGCCUGGUUAUAGCCGGGAUAAACCUCACAGAAAUCCCGGAUAACGCCUUGGUUGGACUUGAAAACCUAGAGAGCAUCUCUUUCUAUGACAACAGGCUUAGGAAAGUGCCCCACGUUGCUCUUCAAAAAGUUGUAAACCUCAAAUUUUUGGAUCUCAAUAAAAAUCCCAUUAACAGGAUACGGCGGGGUGAUUUCAGCAACAUGCUACACUUAAAAGAGCUGGGGAUCAACAAUAUGCCCGAGCUGAUUUCCAUCGACAGCCUUGCCGUGGAUAACUUGCCGGAUUUGAGAAAGAUAGAAGCGACCAACAACCCGAGGCUGUCUUUCGUCCACCCGAACGCGUUUUCCAGGCUGCCCAGGCUGGAAUCGCUCAUGCUGAACAGCAACGCGCUGCGCGCCCUGUACCGCGGCACCGUGGACGCCCUGCCCGGCCUCAAGGAGAUCAGCCUGCACAGCAACCCCAUCCGGUGCGACUGCGUCGUCCGCUGGAUGAACAUGAACAAGACGGACGUCCGCUUCAUGGAGCCCGAGUCGCUGUUUUGCGUGGACCCGCCUGAGUUCCAAGGCCAGAAUGUUCGCCAGGUGCACUUCCGGGACAUGAUGGACAUCUGCCUCCCUCUCAUCGCGCCCGAGAGCUUCCCUCCCAGCCUGGACCUGGAGGCCGGGGGCCACGCUUCCGUGCACUGCAGAGCCACCGCCGAGCCCCAGCCCGAAAUCUACUGGACCUCGCCCUCCGGCCAGAAGCUCCUGCCCGGUACUCGGACGGACAAGUUCUACGUGCAUCCCGAAGGCACGCUGGACAUAAGCAGCAUCACCCUGACAGAAGGGGGUCUGUACACCUGUAUCGCAACCAACCUGGUCGGCGCUGACCUGAAGUCUGUCCUGAUCACCGUGGAUGGUUCUUUCCCCCAGGACAACGAUGGAUCCUUAAAUAUUAAGAUAAAAGACAUUCAGGCCAAUUCAGUUCUGGUGUCUUGGAAAGCGAGUUCUAAGAUUCUCAAAUCCAGUGUGAAGUGGACAGCCUUUGUCACGUCGGAAAAUGCCCGAGCUGCCCAAAGUGCCCGGAUACCAUCGGACGUCAAGGUGUAUAAUCUCACUCGUCUGAACCCAUCCACGGAGUAUAACAUUUGCAUCGAUAUCCCCACCAUCUACCAGAAAAAUAGAAAACGAUGUGUCAAUGUCACCACGAAAGGUUUGGACCCCGAUCGAGAAGAAUAUGGAACGAGUAACACCACAGCAUUUCUGGCCUGCCUGGGAGGCUUCCUGGGGAUUAUCGGUGUGAUAGGGCUUUUCAGCUGCCUCUCUCAAAGAGUGAACUGUGGUGGCGGUCGUGGCUACGUGAGGAAUUACUUACAGAAACCAGCCUUUGCGUUCAGCGAGCUUUAUCCUCCUCUGAUUCACCUCUGGGAAGCAGGCAAAGAGAAAAGUACAGCACUGGACGUGAGAGCAACUGUUAUAGGCGUGCCGACGAACAUG